AUGUCAGACAUUGCUGCAAAAUUCGCCGAAGCUGAAAUCACCCCAAAAAUUAUUCCAAAUGCUCCACAACAAAAGUUUCAUGUGAGUUUGGAUAACUUUAAAAAAUGAACUGUUUUUGACAAACAUUUUUAUCAAGGAUUUCAGAGAAAAAUUCCAGAUUUUUUCAAAAUCCAUGAUUUCAGUUAACCUGGGAUGGAAUUCAAGUCGAGCCAGGACAAACUUUGCAAGUUAGAAAUUUGAAAAAUGCUCCAAGAUGGGCUUUGCCAGGAGCUGAUCCAGAAAGCACUUAUACUGUUAUCAUGAUUGGUAAGGGAUAGAAAAUCGAGGGAUUUCAAAUGAGAUUUUUUUAGAUCCUGACAAUUUGUCUCGCAAAAAUCCAUCGGUUGCUGAAUGGCUUCAUUGGUUGGUUUGUAAUAUUCCAGCAAGUAAUAUUAUCGAUGGAAUUAAUGGAGGUGAAUUUGAAAAUUUUGAAACUUUCCAAAAAAAACAUAACAUUAUUUUGAAUUAUUACAAAUAUUUACAUAUCCAAAAAAAGUACCACAUAUUUUUUUAUUAAAAAAAAUUUCUGUUCAAAAUCGUUGACAUCUAAAUUGUGUUCUGAUUCUGGACCAUGAAAAUUUCCAAAAAUUUGAAUUCAGAAUUUUUAGCAGCUUAUCAAAUUGUUGAUUUCAGAUCUCUAUUGAAAUGCUAGUAAUAAAAUUAUUUUUUUUUUCAAAAAUUGAAUUUUUAUUUUCUCAAAACCCUCUCCCCUCUCGAUUUCAGAUUUUUUUUCUUGAAUCUCUGAUUUUCCUAAAACUUCAAACUUCUAGGUCAACACCAAAUGGCCUACGGUAGUCCAGCUCCAGGUCCAAGAACCGAUCUUCACCGCUACGUCAUUCUCAUCUGGGAACAUCAAGGUCGCCGAAUCAGCGUUCCAAAACCAAGUUCUCGCGCCAAGUUCAACGUCAAACAAUUCAUGGAGAAAAACAAGUUGGGAGAUCCAAUCGCCGGAAACUUUUUCUACGCUCAACACGAAGGAUAA